UUGUUGAUAUAAUGGAAGAAAAUUGGGUUUUGUCGUCAAGGCUUGAUGGAGUCAGGAUAGUUACCAUGCCACAUCCCAUCUGCUGUUAAUUAGUGAUUCAUUGAUAAUGCUGGAAAUAAACUGACAAAAGUGCACAUGCAGAUAAUUCUGUGUUUGGGUUUUUUUGUGUGUAACUGUCUGUGUUUCCCUUCAGAACUCAGGAGUUUGUAAUCAAAAUUUCUUUGUUGUUAGGGAAUAGGAUUUACACUGUAGAGACUGACGUUGAAAUGGUUAAGUCACAAAAUUUGCUUCAUGGAUUGAAACAUGUGAUGUUAAUAAUGGGACUUUAUGAGUUAGGGUUUAUCUCAGAAAUUUGCUGACUGAUAACCAUCAACCCUCAUCAGGAGUAUGGAGAAGCUUGGAAAAUAUGUGUGUAAAAAUUGCAGUUAAUAUAACACACUGAGAUAUAUCUGUUUAUAAAAUCUCUGCCCAGGAGUAGUAAUUGUACAGAGAGCCAGUCCAUAUGUGCGUGAACUACACGCCAGUGCUGUAUACAGUGAAUGUUUGUGGUUGACUCACUUUAAACCAAGCAACAGGCUUCCUGUGUGUUGGAAAGUGUUUCGUACUGUAUUUCAUUACUCAUAUAGGAUCAUAUUUAUGCAUUGAACAAAAUGGCUGCCACAAAUACAAGUGUUACUGGAGUAGCACAGCCGGUUGGUUCACGAGGUCCAGCUCCACCGCUACCGGAGAAACCACCAUCAGUGGCGGAAAGAACACGAUUGUUACGUUCAAGUUUUCGUAAAGAUGAGGUGGAGAAGCCACGUAUGGACUUAAACAGAUCCAGCCCUCUGUCAGAGGUAACAAGGUCAGCAGGAUCAUCAGUCUCAAGUUUAAAUUCUCACACAAACGGAGAUCGUGAAGAAUCUCCACCAACUUUUGUUAAUGGAGUUUCGCCAAAUAAUGUGCCUGUUAAACCGACAGUGCCACAAACAGUGUCAGCAACAGUGCCUACCAUGGAUAAUAGAGACGCAGAAAAAGAGGCAGAAAAACAAGCUGCUUUAAGUGCUGCUAAGCGUGAGGCCUUCUUUAAAGGAACAGAGUUACCUGCCCCUACACCAAAAUUUGACCCUAAUGCGCGUUUCACAUCGGAUCGUCCAGAACGCAGUGAAAGAAGUAGAGAACCAGUAGCAAGAGAACCAGUCAGAAACAUGGAACCGGAUAAAGAGAAAGAACGUGACAAAAAAUAUGGUGACAGUACAAAAGAAUUGGAUGGUUAUGUCGGAUUUGCAAACUUACCUAAUCAAGUGUACAGAAAGAGUGUAAAACGAGGAUUUGAUUUCACGCUUAUGGUAGUAGGUGAAUCUGGUUUGGGUAAAUCUACAUUGAUUAACUCACUCUUCCUCACAGACCUCUACUCUGGAGAGUAUCCAGGACCUUCAAACAGAAUACAGAAAACUGUCAAGGUUGAUAAAACCAAUGUGACAUUAAAAGAAAAUGGUGUUCAAUUGAGACUGACUGUUGUAGAUACACCAGGGUUUGGUGAUGCUGUAGAUAAUAGUAACUGUUGGCAGCCUGUUAUAGACUUUAUAGACUGUAAAUAUGAAGAAUAUUUAGGAAACGAGUCCAAAGUAGUGAGGACAACAACAGCGGAUACGAGAGUACAUUGUUGUUUGUAUUUCAUAGCACCAACGGGUCAUGGGUUAAAGCCAUUAGAUGUAGAGUUCAUGAGACGAUUACAUGACAAAGUGAACAUUAUUCCAUUAAUAGCUAAAGCUGACACACAAACACCUGAUGAAUGUAGGGAAUUUAAAAAGACUAUUUUAAAUGAAAUAGCACAACAUAAGAUAAAGAUAUAUGAAUUUCCUGAAUGUGAUGAUGAAGAAGAAAAUAAAAUACAGAAAAAGUUACGGGAUCGAGUCCCUUUCGCAGUUGUAGGUAGUAACACAGUAACGGAGGUUGGUGGUAAACGUGUACGAGGGAGACAGUAUCCAUGGGGUAUCGUAGAAGUAGAAAACCUAGAACAUAACGACUUCCUUGCUCUCAGGAAUAUGCUUAUCAGGACACACAUGCAGGACCUGAAGGAUGUUACUAACAAUGUACAUUACGAGAACUACAGAUACAAUAAACUGGCACCAGCUAACACUGACGGCAAAAUAAAGCCUGGAUCUCUCACUAAGGAUCCACUGACACAGAUGGCUGAGGAGAAACGAGAACAUGAUACCAAGAUGAAGAAAAUGGAAGCUGAAAUGGAACAGGUGUUUGAGAUGAAAGUCAAAGAAAAGAAACAGAAACUCAAGGACUCUGAAGCAGAUUUACAAAAGAGACAAGAGCAGAUGAAGAAAAGCUUAGAGCAGCAACAGAAGGAGAUUGAUGAUAAAUGGAAGACAUUUGAGAAAGAAAAACAAACGUGGGAGGAGUCAACAGGUUAUAGCAACUCACUUGAAAAUGUCAAGGAUGCCCACAAGAAACAGAAGAAGGGACUAUUUUGAACAUCAACUGAAUGGUUGCUAUGGGAACAAACACAAUGCUACAACAGAGUGCUUAAGAACUUCUUUAAUUAAAAGCAAUAUUAUUUGUUCAAAGGAAAUAUACCAAUCUGAAAAUUGUCAAGAGUCAAGAUGUGUGUUGUGGCCUUAGUGCCUUUAUGAAGUUUAUCGUUCCAAACCUUCUUUAAAAUUACCAGAAUAUAAGACAUAUCGUUAAUAAAUGAAUUCUUUGAACCUCUCAUUAGAAAAAAAUUCCUGUUUUGACUCACUUAGUAAGUAUAUGAUAAUCU